UCUGGCUGCGCCAGCCUCGCUGUGGGGAUGGAUACCGGCAACUUCCCGGCGGGGAUAUGCGUCUUCCUGCUGGCGCUCAGUGGGUUCAUCUCCUCCUCACCGGCGACAAGCUUUUGUCCCGACCCCUGUGACUGUCAGCACCCGCAGCACCUCAUGUGCACCAACCGCGGUUUGCGCACUGUGCCCAAACCCGCCGCGCGGGAGUCCGAGGAGGUGCUGAUCUUCAGCCUCGGGGGUAACUACAUUGGCAACAUCUCUGCCUUCGACUUCACACGGUACAGUAACCUCGUGAGAUUAAAUUUACAGUACAAUCAAAUACAAACCAUUCAGCCUAAAGCAUUUGAGAAACUUUCCAAGUUGGAAGAGCUGUACUUGGGACAUAAUCUUUUAUCAAAUAUUCCCGCUGGAACUUUACAACCCCUGAAGAAAUUAACGAUUCUCUAUGGAAAUAAUAAUGACAUUAAGAAAAUCACUCCGGAACUGUUUGCCAACUUGGAUAAUCUUGUUAAACUGCGCCUGGACGGCAACUCAAUAGAAGCCCUGCAGGACUCUGUUUUUAAAAGUUUGACCAGUCUACAUUAUCUCCAUCUGGAAUCCAACAAACUGCAGCACAUUCACAGAAACGCCUUCUCUAAACUCACCAACCUGCGCUUUCUAAACCUGGCCCACAACAAGCAGUCAGCCGUGCGCAAUGCGCUCACUUUUUCCCAUCUUAGAGCUCUGACAACUUUGCUGCUGUCUGAAAAUGAAAUUCAGUACGUCGGAAACCACGUCUUCCAAAAUCUGAAAAAACUGUCAACACUGUCCCUCAGCAACAACAGGAUCUCUCGCCUGGACAGCGGGGCUCUAAAGGGGCUGUCGAGCCUCAGAGAGCUUCUGAUUGACGGCAACGAGCUGGAGGAAAUCCCCGCAGGUCUCCUCGACUCCCUGGAGCGCGUCGAGGAGCUUGACUUCAGUCGCAACCGGAUUUCCAACGUUGACUCUUUGGCUUUCUCGCAACUGAAACAUUUGAAGGUGCUGAAGCUGAAGAACAACAUGCUCACCAGCCUGUCCGGGAACGUUUUUGGCCUCAACAACGUGCUUUACGACCUGGAUCUCCAUGGCAACAACUGGACGUGCGACUGCCGGCUGGAGGAGCUAAAAAGAUGGAUGACUGCUGCGCAUUCUGAGGGCAAAUUAUUGACUGUUUUUGUGCAAUGCCAUCACCCAGCAACUCUGAGGGGGAAAUAUCUGGACUAUGUGAACAACUCCCAGCUGCAGACUCUGGGGAACUGGACCCACUUGUGCAGCAGCCAAGCUGGACCUGAGGAGAGCCGUGGAGGGGAGGUCUUGGUAAAGGUUGAGAAAAAAGAGACAGGACAGGCAGUUGCAAUAAUGAAGGAGGAGAGAGGUGAAAAUGGUCAGGUGGAGGGCACAAAUGGUACAGAUUUGAGACAGGGGGACAAGGAUGGGGUGAAAAUGAGGAAAGAGGGAGAGAAAAGGAAGAGAGAGGGACAGGACGAGCUGGGAAUCCAGGGAGACCAAGGGGGUCUAGAGGUGGCAUCUCCCUCUUCUUCACCGGAAAGAAAGAAACCAAAGAAAGAGUCGCUCAGCCCAAGGUCACGACCUGCUGCAGAGGCAGAUGGGAAACGUGCCAAAGGGAGACGGAAGUCAAAUGUCAUUUCCAGAACUGAUCCACCAGCUGUUUCCACAGAAAGUCAAGCUGGAAACCAGGACAGAAACACCAGCAAUCCGAACACAGGGCUCACCACCACCUCUCCGGUCCAGUCAGGGGGAAAGUUUGAUCUUCUGAGGUCAGAUCAGGAGGAGGCUCUACCUGUCAUCACAGAUCCUUGUGUCUUCAAUCGCCAUUUCAUCACUAAUGUUUCAGUGGAUCAAGUGACAUCUAGUACUGUCACUGUCUACUGGACCACCAGGGAUCAUCACCGCUACACACCAAGACCUGGGCCAGGCCUCGAUGAGGUCCACUACCGGAUUCUGUUUGACCGGUUUGGAACUCCGGAUCGUUUCCCCCGCUACGUUUACACCCAUGGCACAGCUCGCUCUGUGACCCUCAGAGAACUCAGCUCAGAUGUGACCUACGUGGUCUGCGUGGAAGGAGUAGUCGGGGGAUCUGUGUGUCAAGUAGCACCCCGUGACCACUGUGCAGGGCUGGUCACUCUCCCUGAGGGGUUCAGCCGCGGCGGCAUGCUGACCUCUGACCUCCAGCUGGUGACGGUUGCCACACUGGCAGGGAACGCCGUGCUGCUGCUCGUCAUUGGCGGCGUCUGGCUGGGGCGGAGCCUGAAGAGGAGGCUGCAGAGGAGGAAGUCGGCAGUGCACGUGCGGCACAUGUACUCCACCAGGCGACCGUUUCGUCCCACAAUGGCGACGGCUUCAGUGUCCACCGACUUCACCACCUACCAAAGCAGUCGUCCAGCACGACUUGCACCCCUGGAGGAAGGGGACCUCAUUGAGUUCCCUUGUGACCGCUUUCUGGACAACAACAGUGUUCGCAGAGACAGUGACAUGCAGAGAUUCUCUGACUAGAGCCAUAAAAACCUGACCCAGUAGAACAGGACGUUAUGUGAAUCUUUGGUGUAGCCUUCAGAACACAGAAAAUACUAAACCCCCUCUGCUGUCACAUUAAACAACAUGGUUGUGUUUGAGGCUGUGACCAAACCAAGCCGACAAUCCCACCAUGUUGUGUUUCGAUUUUCAUUUGACCACAAAAAACUUGUAAAGGGACAAAAGAACAGCUGAGCUCAUCAGUGCCUUUUCAGACACCAGAGGAAGUCCAAUCCCUCUGACUUCCUCUUCCUGCUUUGUGCCUUUCCUCUUUCAUUUCCUUGCACCUGUGUUGUGUCUAAAUGUGGGAUUUGUUGUGAUAGUAAGUGUGUACGUAUGAAUGACUGAUCACUGAUUUCAACUAUGGUGCUAAUGUUGAGUUCACAGACAUCAUAUUGUCUCAUAUUUGUACAGUGUGUAAUGAUGGCUGCUGGUUGGCAGGAAAAAAAACACUUGUUUUGUAUAACAUCUAUCAUGUUUUACACUUUUAUAUAUCAUUUUGCAUUACAUUAAGUAAAAUCCCCAACAAUGUGAUUGAUUUGUCAUUUGAGUGUUUAUGAGUGAUUUACCUUUAUGAUUGAUGUUGCUGUAUUUGUGGCUUUCAAAUAUCUCUUA